AUGUCACUAAACACUUCACACGCCGGCAAGGAUGGUGUGGUUCUCUUCAAUUCUGAGAGAAUCUUCAUCUAUCACGAUGGGGUGGAGUUGAGUUUCGACAAGGCCUGGGAUAAUCGAAUGAAAGGGAAGAAGAGUGGAAGGAUCUAUCUGACCACUCAUCGAGUGAUUUUUGUAAACAAGGACAACAAAGAUAAAUUACUCUCCCUAAGUAUGCCCUUUCAUACGAUGAAAAAAUUGGAACUUGAGCAACCAGUUUUUGGGGCUAACUACAUUGCUGGUGUUGUGAAGGCUGAGCAAGGAGCAAACUGGCAGGGCGAGGCAAUGUUCAAGUUGGUCUUCUACAAGGGAGGUGCCAUCGAGUUUGGCCAGGCUAUGUUGCAAGCUGGAAAAUUAGCUUCCAGAUAUGCUCCCCCUCAACCCCCAACUUACUCUCCACCCAUGGCACCCUACUACGAAGCUCCUCCCCCUGCCUACACCCCACAGAUGCAGUACGGGGGCAUAUACCCAUCACCUGUCUUCAAUGUCCAACCGCCCCCUGGAUCAGUGUACAUGUACGACAUCCCACCUCCCUAUCCUGGUGUUGAUCCCAAUCUUCCUCCAUAUCCAAUCUCACAACCUGCACAGCCAUUCAGCGUACCCCAGUAUCCUGGUUUGUGUGUGUGUGUGUGUGUAUGUGUGGUGUGUGAGUGA